UCCCUUACGUUUCACUCUUGACGUUUGACGUCGCUGCUGAAGGGAAGCCCCGCCCCUGUCGCUUCAGCGUUUUGUGUUUUCGCCAGCUAGCAAUGCUAGCGUGCAAGCGGGGCUUUAGUGUUUUCAAGUGAGACAGCGGCUUGGAUAAUCUGGACGGACUUUUCUUUGUUUUGAGUGGUUUUAAGCGGACUUUGUCUCUGCAAGCUGAAGGAGCGGCAGCGGGAGAAUAUUCCAGAAACCCACCGUCCUAUGGCCGCAUUUGAAGCAGCUAACAUCCGGAGAUAACGCCUGCUGGCUGACUGACAGACAGCUGGCCUUUGACAGCAGCUAAGCUCAGAUUUAUUCAUUGAAAUUAUGGAUCAUUUCUGACAUUGAUUGGUUGUCACUUUGGGGACAUAAGCGGGCACAACGAGUGAGGAGGGUUUCGGUUCUGCAGAGGUGCAGCUGAAGAGAGGAGUUUAAAGGCUGAUGCACGCGAGGUUUGAUCCUCUGGAGCUGCCACCAUGAUGCCGAUGAUUUUGACAGUGUACCUCAGCGACGGCGAGCAGGCUGUGGCUGAGGUCCCCAUCACGCCGGAGACCACGUGCCGCGAUGUUGUGGAGUUCUGCAAAGAACCUGGAGAGAGCGGCUGCCAUCUGGCUGAAGUCUGGAGAGGCAACGAGCGAGCGAUCCCCUUCGAGCACAUGAUGUACGAGCACCUGCAGAAGUGGGGGUCUCGGAAACAAGAAGUCAAGUUCUUCCUGCGGCACGAAGAUUCGCCGACUGACGGCAGCGAUCAAGGCGGUCAACAGACUCAGGAUCAAGCUAACCGCAGAAGUGGGAACCCUGCCGAGAAGCACAAUGAGAACGGGGUGGGGGGUCAGCGAGUGGAGCUCACGCUGUCGGAGCUGCAGGAGAUGGCCACCAGACAGCAGCAGCAGAUCGAGGCCCAGCAGCAGAUGCUGGUGGCAAAGGAGCAACGCUUGCGAUACCUGAAGCAGCAGGAGCGCCGUCAGCAGCAGAGCGUGUCCGAGAGCGAAAAGCUGCAGAGGCUGAAGGAACGAGUGGAGAGCCAGGAGGCGAAGCUCAAGAAGAUUCGCGCCAUGAGAGGCCAGGUGGACUACAGCAAGGUCAUCAACGGUAACCUGUCUGCAGAGAUCGAGCAGGUUAGCAGCUUGUUCCAAGAGAAGCAGGCGGAGUUGCAGGCGGCGGUGCUGAGGGUGGAGCAGCUCAGCCUGCAGCUGGAGGACCUGCGGAGAGGAAAGCUCAACGGCGUGCAGACUGCUCUGGGCGGCCAAGUAACUGGUGCUGCGGCUCUGGAGCUGCGCAAACUCUUCCAAGAGCUUCAGAUUCGCAACAAACUGAACCAGGAACAAAACAGCAAACUGCAGCAGCAGAAGGAGCUCCUCAACAAGCGAAACAUGGAAGUAACGCUCAUGGAUAAGCGCAUCAGCGAGCUGAGGGAGCGCCUCUACAAGAAAAAAGCUGAGGCACGUCAGAAAGAGAACGUCCCUCUGAACAGAGCCAACGGGCCGCCCUCACCUCAGCCAGCUGCUGCUACUAUGGGUCGGGUCGCUGCUGUCGGGCCCUACAUCCAGGUUCCCGUACCGAGCCGACAGGACGGAGGCUACAGCAUUCCCCCUGAUCCACUGAAGCCCCAAACACUAGUUGUUAAUAAUCAAACUAACUCCGGCCGCCCCAAAAUAGACGGUGUGCGAAAGCCUCCAGGCCCGUGGAAAGUGUCUGAUUUGGACAUCGCUGUAGACCUGGUUCCCCAGUCCCUUCCAGAAUCCCACCCGGGCCCCGGAGCCUCCUCUGGCUCUGACGGCACUUCCUCUAACGAUCCUGGUUGGCCCGCUGUCAGCAAAACCAGCACAACACUAAAGCCUCCUGAGAGACGAGAUUCAGGGACGGACACUCAGGGCAAGAGCCCUCCCUCAGGCUCCCCCGUCACUCCAGGGGCAGAUAAGGUGCUAGACUCUAAAACUGCAGUUUCCUCUCCUGCUCUAAGUAAGCCUCAGCCCCCGCCCUAUGGAUCCCACCUCACCGCCGCAAGCACAGCCAGCUCUUUGGAGCGCCGAAAAGAUGCUCCACCUCCUCCUCGCCCUCUCCAGAAUCCAGCCGCUGUGGCGUGGCCCCGACUCCCUGCCUCCACGGGGUCCUCCUCCCAGCAGAUCCAGCAGCGCAUCUCGGUGCCACCGAGCCCCACCUUUCAGCCCAACGUGCCGGUUUUCCCUCCCGGUUUGAGUGAGCGUCUGGACGCUCCGCCCGCCGUGGCCGUGCGGCCCUUCAUCCCAGACAGAGGGUCGCGGCCUCAGUCUCCCCGUAAGGGUCCUCCUACCGUCAACUCCAGCUCCAUUUAUCACAUGUAUCUCCAGCAGGCAGCACCAAAGAGCCAGCCCCCCAAGCCUGCACUGAAAGCAGUCUAUGGGAAGCCUGUUCUGCAAUCCAGCUCCACACCUCCGUCGCCCCUGCCUUUUGUCCAAGCUGGGGGGGCCUUCACGCUUCCCCAGGUCCAGCCUGGCAGCGAGGAUGUUUUAGAUGGAGAACUGGAUGAUCAGGAGAGCUUCCAGCACCUGGAGCCGUCAGCGCCUCCUCCCAGCGUGGAGAACAUCCCCCGACCUCUCAGCCCCACCAAGCUGACGCCGAUGGUACACUCCCCUCUGCGCUACCAAAGCGACGCAGACCUCGAAGUGCUCCGAAAGAAGCUGGCCAACGCUCCGAGGCCGCUCAAGAAACGCAGCUCCAUCACAGAGCCCGAAGGCCCAAGCGGACCCAACAUUCAGAAACUGCUAUACCAAAGAUUCAACACUCUGGCGGGAGGCAUCGAGGGGAACAGCGUCUCAGGGGGGGGCAACGGUGCGGGCAGCGGAACGCCGUUUUAUCAGCCGGCUCAUCCCCCUGGAUAUCUGGGAGGGGUCUCUCGGGCCGACACAGACAACGGUAAUCUCCUCCCUGAGACUGCGGCUCCUCCUCCCCAGGAUCCGAGCUCUGAGGCGCCGUUUGCCACCACUGAUGCUAAUGAUAACAAAGAGGGACCCCCGCAACCAGAGGAGGACCCCGAGGAAGCAGAGGGGGCGGAGGAUGACAACAACAACACGAUGGGAGGCUCUGAAGCGUCGUUGCCCAGCCCCGUGCCAGAAGUCAGCACUCCUGAGGAGACUGGCGUGGCAGCUUCACAACCACUAGAAAAGCGCACAAACCUUAAGAAGCCCAACUCUGAGCGCACCGGUCACGGCUUCAGAGUGAAGUUCAAUCCUUUGGCCUUGCUGCUCGACGCCUCACUAGAAGGAGAGUUUGAUCUGGUCCAGAGGAUCAUCUAUGAGGUUGAGAACCCCAGCACUCCCAACGAUGAGGGCAUCACGCCGCUGCACAACGCAGUCUGCGCAGGACACCACCACAUCGUCAAGUUCCUGCUGGAUUUCGGCGUCAACGUCAACGCUGCGGACAGCGACGGAUGGACUCCUCUCCACUGCGCCGCGUCCUGCAACAGCGUUCACCUCUGCAAAAUGCUGGUCGAGUCGGGUGCCGCCAUCUUUGCUACCACCAUUAGCGACGUUGAGACCGCGGCGGAUAAAUGUGAAGAAAUGGAGGAGGGCUUCAUCCAGUGUUCCCAGUUUCUAUACGGUGUUCAGGGGAAGUUGGGGGUGAUGAACAGGGGGACGGUGUACACUCUGUGGGACUACGAAGCCCAGAAUCCGGAUGAGCUGUCGUUUAAGGAGGGGGACGCCAUCACCAUCCUGCGGCGACAGGACGACAGCGAAACAGACUGGUGGUGGGCGCAGCUGGAGGACAAAGAGGGCUACGUGCCCCGCAACCUGCUGGGGCUUUAUCCCAGAAUCAAGCCUCGCCAGCGCUCCCUCGCAUAGACCGCCCCCCCCCUCUUGCUAUCCAGAGGCUGACAGCUGGACUGAGAGCAAGGAGCAACACAGGAGCCUGGAGCUCCGUCACCUCCCCACAGCUGUCCCCCCAGCGGUCCCGGCAGAGAUCCCCAAACUGACACAUCUGCACAAAAGUCAUGAACAAGUUCAAAGUCCCCCCCACCUCUCUACCUAUCACUGUGUCAGCGUUCAGACAGGCGUCAGCCCCCAUCUCAGCUGUUCUUCCGACAUCUCCAGGAUUAAAUCUGCGGUUUAUACGACCAUCUCUGAGGGGAGUAUUUAGAAAUAACAUUUUGGGAAUUGGCUGCAGGAAAGCAGACUGUAGCCAAACCACCAAAGAGGAACACAUCAUUAUUUUAAAUAGUAACCCCGCCUCCGAGCCAGCAGGAAGCAGGAGAUAAUCAAUGGAUUUGCUGCUAACAGGAACUAUUGCUCACAGGAGCGAAGAAGAAAAUUCAGUUUGAGCAGUUUGAUCAAACACGUGGACACGUUCAAUCCUCAGUAUUACUAAGGCACUCUGAAAAGAUCUGCAGCUUAUGCAUUAUUAUUAUUUCAUUAUUAUUACACAAUAUGUUUGUUUAUUUCAUCUGGAUGCAGAAGUUUGAGUGAAAAGAACAAUAAAUGAGAAGUGAACCUCAGAACAAAAAAUGUUAUAAGUCAGUCAAUUAUUGAAAAAAAAAAUAGACAUGAAGGAAACUGAUUAUAGAUAAAUAUGUAAUAGGUCCAUAAAAUUAUACAUUUCUAAUUUAGAUAAUUUUAAAUCAUUUAGAAUUUCAUGAAAGAUGUUUAGAUGUUGAUGUUUGAUAUGUUAAAAAUAAUUGGGUUUUAAUUUCUUCCACAAAUAAAAAAAAAUCACUUUUGUCCAAAUCUUUUUGUCAAGAAAGUAAUGGGAAAGUAAACAAAAACAUUUGAAAAGUAUAAUUUGAGAUUCCUAAACCAAUAUUUAUCGACGAAUUCUCCUUGUGCAGUAAAGGAAUGUCAAACCUAAACUUGAACUCCUUCCUCCCAAUUUGAAUAGUUUUACUUUUUUCUUUUUUAAUUAGAUUUUUUGACAUAUUGGUAAUUAAAUGAUAAGUAAUAAGAAACACACGUUUAAGAUAUAAAUAUAUAAAGUAAAAAAUGUCUUGCACAAUUUCACAUAAAAUAAACAGAUUUCCUGAUUUUAAUAUCCUGUUAUUUAUUAGAAUAAUUUAUUGAUCAGUUUAUUUCUUCUAAUAUCCUAUUUUUAUAGGAUUUCCAUACAGAAAUGUUGAGAAGUGCACAAAAAAAAGCAAGAAAUGGUUUAAUUCUUGACUGAUCAGAUUCAGAAAUCCUAAAUAUUUGCACCAAUUGGGAAUUCUUUUGACUUUAGCCUGAAAUGUUGUUGAGAUUUCCACUCUGGAUGAGUUUAAGGAUGAUUUUCCUGACUUUUAUUUUAUUUUUUCCUGGUGCCUCUUCCUUCACUUUAGAAACAGGAUCAUGACACACGUUCUUAUUUUUAUUAUUUUUAAAGCUGCACGUGAGAUUUUACUUUUCUACAUUUGUGUUUGUUUUAGUUUCUUCCAGUUUUGGAGCUGCUGGUGACCGUCGUGUUCUGAGGUUGUAUAUUGUGCAUUUAAAUAUCUUCCAAAUGUUAUCAGAAAAAGAAAAAUACAUUUCUAUUGAAAAAGUUUUAACAUUUACAAAAAGAAGCAACUUUUGAGUAGCUUGUUAGAAUGUUUCUGGAAUGCAUUUAAAAAAAGAUAUUAAAAUGUGAUUUAAUUUAAUUAAAUCUUGGGAUUUCUCCAUGUUGAUUCAAAUUUCAAAGAUUUAAAAACGAAAAAAUCAACAUCUACCAACUGUUUUUUUGACAGAGCUAACAUUCUAUUUGAGUUGUAAUAUUUAUAUUUAUGUUACAGUUGAGUUUGUGCAGGUUCGACCACCUUCCACUAAAAAUAUCUCAGGACCAGCGACGUGCUGCUGAUACACAUGUCAUCUCAGCUCCUGGUGUAGCAUUUCCACAUAAGAUGUCUGCCCCCCCCUGCUAUUUAUUGAGACUGAGCCUGGGCUGUCCUCAUGUAACAUACCUGCUAAACCCUUUGGUUGUGCCAUAAAAACCUUCAAUUUAGGGUGUACUACUGUAGAAAUGAUCCUGUUUGUUUGAGCUUUAUGUUGCUGAAAUAUGAAUAAAAACUACUUGCUCUGUUUAACAUUG